AUGUCAGCAGAGCCCUCAUCAACGUCAGUCAACCUCUCGGCCAGAGCCCAGCCAACAGUGACGUCCUCUCCCCUCCUUUCCCUCCCUCUUGAGCUCCGCCUUCAAAUCUUCGCUCACACCCUCUCUCUUACGCCACGGCUCAAACCCUCCUUCCCAACCGACACAAGCGAGAAGCGCCACCUCUUCUACGACCACGUGGACAACUCCCUCCUGCUCGUCUCCCGCCAAAUAUACCAGGAAGCGCGGCUGCUUCCCUUCCAGAGCAACACCUUCAUCUUCGCGAAGAUCUACGGCAGCUCCAUCGUCUCCGCUAUCAAACUGUUGGAGAAACUGCGAGAUUGGCAACGUGAAGCGGUGAGGAGCGUGGAGAUUGCUGUCGUAGGCAGGGAAAUAGUAGAAGGUUGGAGGAGAGAAGCGGGGUGGGAAGCCGCUGUGCGCUUACUGUCUUCGAGCAAGGUCGAAGCCAGAGUCAGGAUUCAAGAAGGGGAUGUAUGGAUCGGAAAUGGGGCAGAGGCUACAGCUUGCUGGCUGCCCAAUGGAGGAAAUGUGGGACUGGUUGCGGGUAUUGGAUGGGUAGCAUUGGAUGAAUCAAUGGUUCCGGAGAAUCCGAAGUGGGGCGAUGUGAGGCCUGUUGUUGGAACUGGAAGAGGAGGGUGGGUGCAAAAGUUGUUGCAGGCAGGGGUGCCGGAAAGUGUGAGAUUAGAGUUCUGUUGGAGCUGA